UUUCAACAUGGAGGUCAUGUAGAAUUAAGCGGACGCAGCGGAUGAAAAAUCAUCAAAAUUCACAUCUAAUAGAGUCUUUUAUAGUAGACGAACGGAAAAAAUGUGGCCAAUGUUACUGGACAUGUCACGAGAUGAAUGCAAACGUGUCCUGAGACGCCUUGAGUUGGAAGCAUACUCCUCUCUUGUGUCAGUAUUCAGGGCGCAGGGGGAUCUCAACAAAGAAAAGAAAAGGAUACUGCAAGACCUGCAGCAAAACCUCAGCAUAUCGACCGAGAGGCAUCGUGCUGAAGUGAGAAGAGCAAUCAAUGAUGAGAAGCUGUCAACGAUUGCUGACAGUAUGGCUGGCCCUAAUACAGAGUCUGAGUGGCUCAUUGAGGGGCGUCGACUGAUUCCCCUGAUGCCAAGGCUUGUACCACAGACUGCAUUUACUGUCACAGCCAAUCAUGCUGCUAACAUACAGGCAGAGAAAAACGCCAGCAUGCCCAGCCCAUCACACACUGGAAACAAAGAUGUGAACACUGUGACCAGCCCUACCACCCCAGUAGGGUGUGGUAUCAGCAAAGUGUCGCGUCCCACCAGUCCCAGCUCCAACGUGGUGGUCCUUCCUAGUGGUAUGUCCAUACACAUCAAAGGAGGACUAAAUACUGAAGAAGAUGAAGAACCAAUUAGUCGUAAGAGGCGACGUAGUCAGUCCACUGAAACAAUAGUAUCUCCGUCAGCAUCCACCCAAACCCCACGAGUCACGUAUACCACAACAGCCGCAAGUUCCGUGUCAGGAAUGUCGCCCAUGAAAAUCACCAUCAGCAAAAGUCCUCAGGGGCGGUCCCAAGUAUCUUCCAAUAUCACACAGUCACAAAAGGUCAUCCUAGUGUCGAGUUCCAACCAGUCAUCCUCCCCGAGCGUGCUUCAGAAGUCAAUCACAGUCCCAGUGGUCAAAACCGUCGGUUCACUAGCGGGCAGUAGUGGUCAUAACAAGUCCUCCAUCAUACUCCCCAACACAUCGGUCAACUCGUCCAACGGCAACCUGGGCAACAUUGUUACUGUAGCAACACCCACCAUGUCUACAGCAACUUCAACAUGUACCACACCUACUGUAGUGACAACAUCCACCAUGACAUUUCUAACUCCAGCGGUCAGCGUUCCAAAACCCCGACUCAAGACCACCAUUCCCAGGCAAAGAUUCACAACGUUUACACAAGCAGGCCAGCCCAAACCUGGUGUAGUGAUCCCCAUGGGUCCCCAGCCUGUCCAGCCAUGUCCACAGAAUAUUCAGAUCAAACCUGUUACCAAGGCCUCUGCAAUACAGAUACGCCAGGAGGGAGGUAUGAAGAUCAUUACCCAGAGUUUACCAGGGGGCGGCACUAGUAAAAUCCUCCCCAAGCCUACCCAACUAUCAAACAGCAGUGGCACACCUGUGGUCGUGGUGAGUGCCGGCUCAUCUGCUGCCACCUCCAGUGUUACCAUGGUUACCAGACCUGUUACAUCUAUAGGCCAGUCUGGUACAAAAAUACUCAACAUAACACAGGGAGGGAAAGUGAUAUCUGGCGUGAAUCGUUCUGGCAAUGUGGUCACUGUCAGUCCGAAAACAUUACAUCUGACAGCAGUCAAGUCUCAAUCCGGAGGCUCAGGUAAACCUAAUGUGAUCGUCGUACAGAAGACACAGCCAAAGAAAUCUCAGGGUGGACUGAGUGGUACCUCCAAAACCAUCAUCUCUAGUCCAUUUGAAAAGGAACUAGUGAGCUUCCUACAGAAGCAGGACUCCACCAAACACAUUGUAGUGACCACACCCGGCAGCCAAAGGACCGAGAGGAAGGUCAUAGUGACCACACCUGGUCAGCUGGAGGCGGUCACUCGCCAGAGGGCGAGAUCAGAAUCAGAAGGAAAGACGACAUCCCUGCUUGCAGAUCUCAUUCAUGCUGCUGGUAUUGUUCCUGACAGCACGUCGGAGGCUGGAGGGGAUGUCACAAUUAAUCUGGACGAGGCAGCAAUGGCUGCUCUAUCAGUCAGCUCACAGGACAGCGAUACAUCUACUCAAAGUACAACAUCUCAAGCCUUACCUAAUAACGAGUGGUUCGAGUAUGAUGUCACAGACGAGACCAGCCAGAACUACCAGACUUCGGGAAUGGAGUCAGGAGUUGACAUACAGACCUCGGGGUCAACUCAGGCAAAACCAAAGGUCACAGUUCAGAGGUCGGCGAGUGUUGACCUGAGCCAGUUAUCAGACCAGCUUUCUCAACAACAGUUUUACUCCAUAGAACAAGCAAUGAAGAUUCUGAACCAGCCCAAUGCAGAAGGAACGACCCCUGUACUGGACCCCGUGUCACUUCUGAGGAUGGAGGGGUCAGAGAGUUCACAAUCUGACCCCGGUACAUCAGAGAGCCAGUCAUCCCUGACAGCAGACAACACCGAAGUGGACACGACCACCAGCAUGCCUUCCUCUCAGAGCUCAGUCGAAGGGUCCCAGCCAGAGCUGGAACACCUCGCUCAUGGUCUGAACUUCCAGGGGGAGCUUGACCCUCAGACUGGAAUAUUCUACACUGUAGCGGCCACAUCGGGGUCCGACACAGUGGUGGUGUCGACGCCAAGUCUAGACCGAGCACAACUUGACGCCGCCACCCCAGGAACAAAAACUUAUGAUCUUCUCAGUAGCUCACUGGCCCAGGCCCAGAUUGACCUCGACCCCUUCCAGUUCAUAGAAGAGGAUGUUCUCGUGGAGAAAGCAGACGGUCAGUCUAGAGAAGAUGUCCAGACUGAUGGUCAAACAUCAGAUACAGAGACAACACCUACAAUGCCAUCAGAGGUUACCCUAGGGGACGAGCCGAGUGGAGGACCAAUCAUCCGUAUCAAAUCCAGCAGCUUCAUCCCCAUACAGGAGCUCAACAAGUCGCGGCAGAAUGCCACCAUCAACAUUACUAGGCAUCAGCCGCUGGCCCAGGGAGUGCCAGAGCUGGUCCUACCCCAGGACGGUGAGUAUGCUGAAGGAGUGGAAGUGAUGGGACAGGAAGGAACACUGGACGAUUUAGAGUCACACCUGGGAAGCAGUCUGUCGGACAGUAUGUCCAGCGGAGUGUCCAGUGCUGUCACUGUGGAGACCGCUCAGAUGGUGGACCCAGCAGAUGUACGGGCCGAAAUGUCGAGUCUGGACGACCUGGGUGUGGUCACUAGUCCCUCAAUGGGGACAGGAAACAGUUCUGACAGCCAAGAGGUGGCGGGACUUGACCUCAUGGCCUCAUUGAGAAUGAGUAAACGUAAGAGAAAGGCACCGUCAAACAUUGAUGAGACUCCUGCCCAAAACCAAGGUUCCUGGAUCAGGUCGUGUAUAGGGUUGAUUCAGAGGGUGUCCAGAUACCGAGGACUGAACCGAGAGAAGGGAGAUCUAAACGCAGCAUCAUGGUUCACAGAGCCAGUCGAUCGCAGUGAAGUCCCUGACUAUUACACUAUUAUUAAAAGCCCGAUGGACUUUGGGACGAUACGGAAGAAAUUAGAGGCCAGUACAUAUCUAGACCAGGAGGAUUUCCACACCGACAUGCUUCUGGUGAGAGACAACUGUCGUACUUACAACCCUCCAGGGAGCACAGUCCGCGGAGACUGUGACGAGGUCUUUGCCUUUUACAUGUCAGAAUAUGAAAAACUCCUGGACAGAUGGCAAAAGGCUCAGGUCUCCUCACCGUCUCCAAAGAAAUCUCGUCUAGACAAGAGUCCUGUCAGGCCAUGAUCAACAGGAUGUAAGCUGUGAGGACCACUGUAACUGAUGUCAGGCCAUGAUCAACAGGAUGUAAGCUGUGAGGACCGCUGUAAAUGAUGUCAGUCCAGUCAGGCCAUGAUCAACAGGAUGUAAGCUGUGAUGACCGCUGUAACUGAUGUCAGUCGGGUGUGGUUGAUAACCCAGUGUUCAGUCAGGACCACUGUAACUGAUAUCAGUCCUGUGUGGGGUUGAUAACCCAGCGUCCAGUCAGUACCACUGUAACUAAUGUCAGUCCUGUGUGGGGUUGAUAACCCAGCGUCCAGUCAGGAUCACUGACUGAUAUCAGUCCUGUGGGGUUGAUAACCCAGCGUCCAGUCAGGAUCACUAACUAAUGUCAGUCCUGUGUGGGGUUGAUAACCCAGCGUCCAGUCAGUACCACUAACUGAUGUCAGUCCGGUGUGGACGUGAUAACCCAGUCUAGCUGUCAGGACCACUGUAACUGAUGUCAGUCCUGUGUGGGGUUGAUAACCCAGUGUUCAGUCAGUACCACUGUAACUGAUAUCAGUCCUGUGUGGGGUUGAUAACCCAGCGUCCAGUCAGUACCACUGUAAUUGAUGUCAGUCGGGUGUGGUUGAUAACCCAGAGUUCAGUCAGUACCACUGUAACUGAUAUCGGUCCGGUGUGGGGUUGAUAACCCAGCGUCCAGUCAGUACCACUGUAAUUGAUGUCAGUCCGGUGUGGGGUUGAUAACCCAGUCUAGCUGUCAGGACCACUGUAACUGAUGUCAGUCCUGUGUGGGGUUGAUAACCCAGCGUCCAGUCAGUACCACUGUAACUGAUGUCAGUCGGGUGUGGUUGAUAACCCAGAGUUCAGUCAGUACCACUGUAACUGAUAUCGGUCCGGUGUGGGGUUGAUAACCCAGCGUCCAGUCAGUACCACUGUAAUUGAUGUCAGUCCGGUGUGGGGUUGAUAACCCAGUCUAGCUGUCAGGACCACUGUAACUGAUGUCAGUCCUGUGUGGGGUUGAUAACCCAGCGUCCAGUCAGGACCACUGUAACUGAUGUCAGUCCGGUGUGGGGUUGAUAACCCAGCGUCCUGUCAGGAUCACUGUAACUGAUGUCAGUCCUGUUUGGGGUUGAUAACCCAGCGUCCAGUCAGGAUCACUGACUGAUAUCAGUCCUGUGUGGUUGAUAACCCAGCGUCCAGUCAGGAUCACUAACUAAUGUCAGUCCUGUGUGGGGUUGAUAACCCAGCGUCCAGUCAGUACCACUAACUGAUGUCAGUCCGGUGUGGACGUGAUAACCCAGUCUAGCUGUCAGGACCACUGUAACUGAUGUCAGUCCUGUGUGGGGUUGAUAACCCAGUGUUCAGUCAGUACCACUGUAACUGAUAUCAGUCCUGUGUGGGGUUGAUAACCCAGCGUCCAGUCAGUACCACUGUAAUUGAUGUCAGUCGGGUGUGGUUGAUAACCCAGAGUUCAGUCAGUACCACUGUAACUGAUAUCGGUCCGGUGUGGGGUUGAUAACCCAGCGUCCAGUCAGUACCACUGUAAUUGAUGUCAGUCCGGUGUGGGGUUGAUAACCCAGUCUAGCUGUCAGGACCACUGUAACUUAUGUCAGUCAUGUGUGGUUGAUAACCCAGUGUUCAGUCAGGACCACUGUAAUUGAUGUCAGUCCGGUGUGGGGUUGAUAACCCAGUCUAGCUGUCAGGACCACUGUAACUUAUGUCAGUCAUGUGUGGUUGAUAACCCAGUGUUCCAGUCACCAACAGAGAGCUGACAGUUUCUAUACCUGUGAUAGAGAAGCGAUCUGCCAAAUUCACUUGACAAUGCUCUCUGAGUGAGGAGUUCCUGUGAUAAUAGAAGUGCAUCACUUCUGACCGUGCCAAAGUCACAGAACUUAACACAGUAAGGAAACACAUUCUUUCUAUUGGUCAGAAAGAGAAGUUUAGUAUCUCCCGCAAGCUGUUGUGUCACCUGAAGCACAAAUAAGGGAUCGAGCAGUGAGGUUGUAAUUGAUUGGAAAGGAAGAAGUGCUUGUUCCAUGUACACCCACCCCAGUCUUACCAAGCGUCUAAGCAGGAUGUUUGGAGUAUAUAAGGACUAUGUUCCUUAUACCGGAGCAGGAGUGUUUGGUGUAACUGUGGCACUUCUGUUCAUUCACUUAUGGUUCUCCCUUUCCAUUGAUUCACAUAAGAGUCCUGGUCAAUUCAGAUUGUUCCUUCCAAACUCUGAAUCAAGUAUGUCACAGGUGCAGCCACUGAUAACAGUGACAACAAGCAACAGCUGAUGUCGUGUAAGAACAUUCGCUGAGGAAUGUCUUGUUCUCCGUGUGAAAAUGUCAUGUAGAUAAAAGUGCUAUAUAUAGGAAACAUGAAGUGAAACGUUGAAUUGUGCGCUGCCAACUUGUUACAUAGUCCGUACUGAGGAAGUAUUGAAGUUUCUUACUUACAAAAUAUUGAAGUGUUACAUAGUCCGUACUGAGGAAGUAUUGAAGUUUCUUACUUACAAAAUAUUGAAGUGUUACAUAGUCCGUACUGAGGAAGUAUUGAAGUUUCUUACUUACAAAAUAUUGAAGUGUUACAUAGUCCGUACUGAGGAAGUAUUGAAGUUUCUUACUUACAAAAUAUUGAAGUGUUACAUAGUCCGUACUGAGGAAGUAUUGAAGUUUCUUACUUACAAAAUAUUGAAGUGUUACAUAGUCCGUACUGAGGAAGUAUUGAAGUUUCUUACUUACAAAAUAUUGAAGUGUUACAUAGUCCGUACUGAGGAAGUAUUGAAGUUUCUUACUUACAAAAUAUUGAAGUAUGAAAUCAUUUCAGUAUUAGUACUUAGGGAGUAUUAUGUGGAUUCUGCUAUAUCAGACCUCAGAAUUCUGAGGUGGUUGGCUAAAUGGUAUAUGGAUUAUUUUAGGCCAAAUUACAGCUCUACAAACAUGUAUUUUAAAUGAAAUUUAAACAGUUUUAUUCAAAUUGAAGAAAAAAAACUCUAUGGGGAAAAAGAGAAAGAUUUUACUGUUGGUAUACCAUGAAGUAUAUCUUCUUGAAGGUAAGAAUAUGAAGUUCAACACGGGGAAUGCUGGAUGUUUGAUCUUGGGGGAUCUUUCCUUAUAUGUCUUCUGUUUGGAAAAAUUGGUGGGCAAGUGACCUAAGGCCUGAGCAAAACAUUUACCUUAUACCUAUACGCACAGUAAGAUCUGGACAUUUUCACAUUAGCAAUGGUGCUGGAACUUUGUAUUUCUUUGUGUCCUGGGUUCGUGCUUAGGUUUGUGCUGAUGAAGUAAAA